GUCAUCAUACUUAAAAACCACUUUAUAUAAACAACACCCAUUUUCAAGAAUUAGGUCAUCUCCCCCAUCCACUUCUCUCCAACUUCAACUCACCCCAAACCAAAAAAAAGAAAAGAAAAAAAAAAACUUACAAAAUGGAGUUAGCUCUAAAAAAAACCGCCCCCCACUCGGCCCCCCGCCCAAAAACCCAUUACAAAAUAAACAUCAACAAUCUCUCAUACAAACUUCCACAAACAACAUAUACAUACAAUAUCCAUUGCCUUCACUCCAAACACCAACACACUACUCCUCCUCAACCAUUCAUUCUCAAGAACGUAAACUGCGAAGCCCGACCGGGCGAACUCACCGUGAUCGCGGGCCCCAGCGGCGCCGGAAAGACCACCCUCCUCGAGAUCAUAGCCGGAGAAAUCAAACGGUCCAGAUUCACCGGCCAUGUCCUGGUCAACGGCUCCCCCAUGAGGGGGGCCCACUUCCGCCGAGUCUCCGGCUACAUCACUCAGGACGAAGCCCUCUUCCCACACCUCACCGUUCAAGAAACCCUAACCUACAGCGCUCGCCUGAGGCUUCCCGCAAAAUCACGCGAAGAAGCCGAAACCCGAGUCGAGUACCUCUUAAAGGAGCUCGGGCUGGAGCACAUCGCCGGAGCGAGAAUCGGAAGCGAGUCCGAUAGAGGAAUCUCCGGCGGGGAGAAGAGAAGAGUUUCCAUAGGAGUUGAGCUGGUGCACGACCCCAUGGUAGUUCUCCUGGACGAGCCCACAUCGGGUCUCGACUCCGGUUCGGCCCUCCACGUCAUCUUUCUCCUCAAAUCCAUGGCGAAGAAUCAGGGCAAGACUAUAGUCCUGACGAUUCAUCAACCCGGGUUUCGAAUUCUCGACUUGAUCGACAGAGUUGUACUCUUGUCUGACGGUACGGUUCUCCACAACGGCUCUCUGAGUCUCCUCGAAGAACGCCUCAUGUUCAAGGGGCAUUUCGUUCCGCCACGUGUCAACGUGCUUGAGUUCGCCAUCGAUGCAGCAGAAAAAAUCCUGCACAAAGAGGAAGAAGAAGAAUUACUGAUACAUUGUCGUACGGAGGAGGAAGAAGAAAACAAAAAGAACCACGCGAACAGCACGCACUACAAUAAUUCUCGGUUCAAAGAGGUGAUGAUUCUGAUGCAGAGAUUCUCCCGAAACAUUUUCCGAACCAAACAGCUAUUCGCAGCGAAGACGAUUCAAUCACUACUCGCGGGGAUUGUGUUGGGCACAAUAUUUAUAAAUUCAUUUGGCAACAGAAACAACAAGAGAUUGGAGGUGCAGAAUCAACUAGGGUUUCUAGCAUUCACCCUGUCGUUCUUGAUGUCGACGACAACCGAAGCCCUCCCGAUUUUCUUACAAGAGAGAAGAAUUCUCAUGAGAGAAACAUCGAGAGGAGUAUACCGAGUCUCGUCUUACAUCAUCGCCAACACUUUGGUUUUCAUUCCAUUUCUUCUGAUAGUUGCUCUUCUCUACACCACCCCAGUCUACUGGCUUGUCGGAUUACGACGAAACGUCGACGGGUUUCUCUACUUCUCAUUAGUAGUCUGGAUGGUUGUCCUAAUGGCGAACUCCUUCGUCGCCUGUUUCAGCGCACUGGUUCCGGAUUUCAUAACCGGAAUGUCGAUUAUCUACGGUUUCUUGGGGUCGUUUUUUCUUUUCUCGGGAUACUUCAUGUCGAAGGAUGCCGUACCAAAGUAUUGGAACUUCAUGCAGUACGUGAGUUUGUUCAAGUACCCGUUCGAAUGCUUUAUGAUAAACGAGUACGGCGGAGAGGGUGGGAAGAUGAGAUGCUUACAGGUAAUGGAAGGUACGUGUUUGAUAUACGGGGACCAGUUCUUGGUGCAGCAAGGUUUGAAGGAGUCGCAGAAAUGGAGCAAUUUGUUCACGAUGUUGAGUUUUAUCGUCGGUUAUCGAGUUUUAGGGUUUGUGUUUCUCUACUAUAGAUCUUGCAGAACAUGAGCUUACGGAAUAUUAUUGCUUUCAAUCCGUGUAGUUCUUCAAUUAAUGUUCGGUACGAAAAAUAACUGUGUUUGGUAAGCUUUUGGGCUUCCAUUUCCAUUUUAUUUUGGGGAAAGAUGUUUUGGGAGAAGAAUUUGAAAAUUAAAUAAAGUUUGUUUGUGUUU